AGCUCGCUAGCGAUCAGUUCACAUACACCGAGUCUCAUAAAGAGCCAAAGUUAACUUGUACCUCGGAUUAGUCUUGCAUAACUAAUUCGACACAUCAGUAAACAACAUGUUGCUGCUGUCUGUGGCAAUAGUCUGCGUGCUCUCUGCGGUGCAGUGCAACCCAGACUUGGAUGCAUUCAAGUGGCACGGCGUAGUGCCUGAUGUCUUGUCCCAGCUUCCCGAACAGCUGCUAAAGAUCACCUACGACAAUCGGCUUAUGAUAAUGUGCGGCGAUAUUGUGACGCCUACACAGGUAAAGAAUAUUCCCACUGUGGAAUGGGCGGCCGACCCUGAUACAUACUAUACGUUGGCGAUGGUCGAUCCGGAUGCGCCCAGCCGAUCGAAUCAUAAGCUCCGUGAAUUCAAGCACUGGCUGGUGGUCAAUAUCCCCGGCAACAAUGUGGCCAAAGGUGAUGCGAUAGCUGAAUAUGUAGGCGCCGGGCCACCAAAGGAUACAGGACUGCAUCGCUACGUAUUGCUGUUGUACAGCCAACCGAAGAAGUUGACAUUCUCUGGAUCUCGCGUUAGCAACAAAAGUCGUCGCUCCAGGCCCAAGUUUCAUAUCAAACAAUUUGCGGACCAUCAUCGUCUGGGGCAGCCCAUAGCUGGGACGCUCUUCCUGGCGGAAUAUGACGAGUAUGUGCCCAUACUGAACAAGCAGCUAUCGUCCGGUCAAUGAACGCCGUAGAAUAGAAUGUUACAUUUGUUUACCACAUAAUUUGAAUUUACAUCAUUCGUUAUUA